AUGAACAACAGAAAAAUGCUCUCUGUCGCCAAUGGUCCUGGUAUGUCCGGAAACUUAUCUGGAGCGUCACGACCGGACAACCUGAGCCGGAGGUUCCCGGAUGCAACAGGUGGGGAGCUCUGGAGCCCAUGCAGCAGCAGCAGUGACGAGAACAACUCUCCAACUGCUCUGAACAGCUUCGACUGGGACAAACCUGCACUGGAGGAUAAAGCGGUGAAUUUUGGAUUUUCGCAGAAUAAAAAAAGUGGAGGUGUUUCAGAGGUCAAUGCUCUAAACAUUUCAUCCAGAAAAGACGUGAGCGAAAAUAAAGGAAAAAGUGGUUACGCCAACGUAGGUACGAGUGAAAGGAAAUAUGACAUCAAGCAUGCAAAGAUCCUUGCUUGUGGAGAUAUUCAAAAACGAUCUCGAACUUGUUCUACGGGGUUGUCUGACUUGUGUUCUGAUCGUCUGCCUCAACCUUUGAACUCCACCGAAUCAGAUGAUCUUCAACAAGACAGCUGCAUAGAAGGAAGUGAAGAAGAUUUUCUAAAAGAAAAGGAAGAACUUAGAAAUGUUGCUUGGUUUCAAGCUGGAAUUCCUAGGGAGAUUGCUCUGGAGGUUCUUCAAGGACAGGAGGAAGGUUCUUUCAUCGUCCGGGAGAGCAGCACGCGGCCCGGAUGUUUCGCCCUUUCCUUGAGGGUUCCUCCAGAAAAGAAUCCAUCCGGGAUCGCCCAUUACCUCAUACUCCGGACACAACAAGGAUACAAGAUCAAGGGUUUCACUAAAGAAUUCCACAGCUUGACCGCCCUUAUAACCCACCAUUCUGUGAUGCCAGAAAUGCUGCCUUGUCCUCUGAGUCUUCAUCGCCCUUCUACGCGCGAUGCGGAGCACGAGUUUGACGAUCCUCCUCCAGAGACACCACCAGAUAUCUUCGAAGAUAUACAUUGGCUAAUGACAGACCUAAAUUUAUAG